AUGUCUGAAACUAGGCUGUUUAUCGGUCGCCUUCCCUCGCAAGCCGCUCGCGAAGAUGUGGAGGAUUUUUUCAAAGGCUACGGUCGAAUUCUUGACUGUAAACUUAUGAAUGGCUUUGGCUUUCUUGAGCUGGAAAACCCCAGAGACGCUCGUGAUAUUGUAAAUGAUUUCAAUGGAAAGGAAUUUAUGGGCGAACGCAUCAUUGUCGAGCCUGCUCGUGGCGAAAGACGUAGAAGAGAUACAUUCCGUGACGGUGCUGCCAAGUACCCUCGUCCUCGUCGCACAGGUUACCGUUUAAUUGUUGAGAACCUUGCAGAGGAUGUCAGCUGGCAGGACCUGAAGGACGUCAUGCGUAAAGCUGGCGAACCUACAUUUACCGAUGCCCAUCGUGAACAACGCGGUACCGGUGUUGUUGAAUUUUCUACUGAAGAUGACAUGAAACAUGCUCUCGACACCUUGAACGGUGAAACCAUCAAGGGUCAAGCAAUCUCUCUGCGCGAGGAUCCUAAUGCCGCGAACGAGCCCAUUCCUGACAUGCCUUACCGUCAUCGCUCUCGUUCUCCUCCUCGCAGACGCUUCCGCGACGAUUAUCGCGGUGGAGACGAUUACCGUAGUGGUCCUCGCGACGAUUACCGUCGUGGACCCCCUCGUGACGACUAUCGCCGUGGUCCCAGAGACGAUUACCGUCGCGGACCCCCUCGUGACGAUUAUCGUCGUGGACCCCGUUCGGAUUUCCGUCGUGGUUCUCGUGAUGAUGACUUCCACGGUGGCUACCGCGACGACUACCGUCGUGGACCUCGCUCAGACUUCCGCCGUAACUCUCGCGACGAUGACUACCGCAGCGGUCCUCGUGAUGAUUACCGUCGUCCUAGUCCCUCUCGUCGCAGCCCUCCUCCUCGUGACGAUGACAGACGUUCUCCUGCAUAUGACCAAGAGGCCCCUGCUCCUUCGGACUCCUAUGGCGAGAACAAAACUGAAAACGGCGGAGACUCCUGGGGUGCUAGCACGGAUGCUCCCCAGCAAUCAGAGUCUUCUGCACCUGCUGAGCAGAGUUACAGCAACAACAACAACAGCAACAAUGAAGGCGAGUCGAAUCGCGAUAACUCGGACACCCAGGUUGCUGCCGAGUGGUAG